CACUAGAACAACAAACUCUCCUCUGUCUCUCUCUCUAAAACCCUCUCUCUUUCUCUGUCUCUCUCGUUCUCGCAACCACAGAUCAGGCAGUUGAGCGACUCGAUUUUGUUUCUCCGGCUUCUCGCUCUCAGUUUCUCUGUGUUCGGAGCUGGAUUUCUAGGGUUUUAUGUGGAGGUUUUCUGUUUUGUUUUGGAGUUCGUGAGUUGUGUUUUGAGCUGCUUCGAUGGCGACUAGUGCCUCCUCGUCGUCGCCGGCGGCGUCGAUGGUCUGCUACAAUCCGGAGUGUAAGGAAUUGAAGCCGGAGAGGCCGAGGAAGGGGUGGCGCCUCCGCACCGGCGAGUUGGCUGAGCUCUGUGAUCGAUGCGCUUCUGCUUUCGAGGAAGGAAGGUUUUGUGAGACUUUCCAUGGAAAUGCUUCUGGCUGGAGGUGUUGUGAAUCUUGUGGAAAGCGGGUUCAUUGUGGAUGUAUUGUUUCUAGUCACCUCUUCACAUUAUUGGACCCUGGAGGAAUUGAAUGCAUUGCAUGUGCAAGGAAAAAUGUCUUUUUGACAUCAAAUCCGGCAUGGCAUCCAUCUUUGUUUUUCCACUCACCUGUACCCGAGAGGCUUAAGGACUUGUCUGUUAAAAAUUGGAGUCAGUUAGCUGGAUCAGGUCCUGUACCAUGGCGACAAGCCCCUAGCUUAUUCAGUUCAUCGAUUCCGUCAUCUGAAAUGAAUUCAAGGAGUCCAUAUGAAGUUGACAUUUCAAGUGCACUUAACAAGCUGAGUACCACUGAAAGGAUAACUGUCUCAUCCACGGAAAAGAAAAAAAUUGAGGAUUUAUCUGAAAGAUUACAAAAUGGUUGCCUGAAGCUUGGUUCGCGGGAAAUUCUUGAAAAUGGGACUGCAGGAAAGAACUGCGAGGAACAAAUUAGUUCAUGUUUAAGUAUGUCCUCCUCUCUAAAGGAGGAUCAAUCUACUCAACAAUUUGGUUUGACUGUACCUUAUUCAUCUACCAAUGAUACAAAUGAACAAGUUGGGGUUUCUGGAACAACUUUGCGACCAAGCCCUCCAUCCUUGUCAAAACAAUUUAUUGGUAAUUUACAUAACGGAAUUGACUCAUCUGGUGACACUCAUAUUCGCAAUGCAAGGCCCCGUGCAGAUGCCCGAGGAAAAAAUCAAUUACUUCCUCGAUAUUGGCCUAGAUUUACUGAUCAAGAGCUACAACAGAUAUCUGGAGAUUCAAAUUCUGUGAUCACUCCAUUGUUUGAGAAAAUGUUAAGUGCAAGCGAUGCCGGGCGGAUUGGGCGUCUGGUACUUCCAAAAAAAUGUGCAGAGGCCUACUUUCCUCCAAUUUCUCAACCUGAAGGGUUACCUCUUAAGGUCCAGGAUGCAAAAGGAAAGGGAUGGAUAUUUCAGUUUCGUUUUUGGCCUAACAAUAAUAGCAGAAUGUAUGUUCUGGAGGGUGUUACUCCUUGCAUACAGUCCAUGCAAUUGCAAGCAGGUGACAUAGUCACAUUUAGUCGUUUAGAGCCAGAAGGAAAAUUAGUCAUGGGGUUCAGAAAGGCCUCAGCAGCCCCACCAUCAGAUCAGGAAAACGAAACAAACAAGAAUGGAAAUGGAGUUUCUGCACGUGGAGAUGUUAGUAUUACAAAUCUAAAUCUGGCUGAAUUGGCAGAUCCUAGUUCUUGGUCAAAAGUUGACAAGUCCGGAUACAUAGCUAAAGAAGUUCUGGGAGCAAAAGCGUUGAUCCCUAGAAAGAGGAAGAGUAGUACCUUAGUCUCUAAAAGCAAGCGAAUAAGAAAUGAAAAUGAGGAUGUGAUGGAGCUGAAGCUAACAUGGGAAGAAGCUCAAGGACUGCUGCGUCCUCCAAACAAUCAUGUUCCGAGCAUUGUGGUGAUUGAAGGCAUUGAGUUUGAGGAAUACGAGGAUGCACCAGUACUUGGGAAACCAACAAUUUUUGCGACCACUAAUGUCGGCGGAAAGAUUCAAUGGGUCCAAUGUGAAGACUGCUCCAAAUUCCGCAAAUUGCCUGCUGAUGCUCUUCUUCCCUCGAAAUGGACCUGUUCUGAUAACUCAUGGGACCCAGAAAGAUCUGUCUGCUCAGCAGCUCAAGAAUUAACGUCAGAAGAACUUGAAGAUCUUCUACCUCAAUCUGUUUCAGUUGCUCCUAAGAAAAUGAAGGCUGCUAAACAGGAUGCAGAACAUGUGGAAGCUCUUGAGGGUCUGGACACCCUUGCUAAUCUGGCUAUCUUGGGAGAGGGUGAUUCGCUCCCAGCAUCAGCUCAGGCCACCACGAAACACCCCCGACACAGAUCGGGUUGCUCAUGCAUCGUGUGCAUACAGCCCCCGAGUGGAAAGGGUCCAAAACAUAAACAAACUUGCACGUGCAAUGUCUGCUUGACUGUGAAACGCCGGUUCCGUACUUUAAUGUUGCGGCGCGAGAAGAAGCAAUCUGAGAAAGAAGCAGAAACCACGCGCAAAAAGCAGCAUCAGCAGCAACUGCCACCCCAGAAGUUGCAGGUCGACACCUUGAUAAGUAGUAAUGCAUCAGACAUUCCAAAACAACCGAAAAUAGUCUGUGAGGUUUUGGAUGAUGAACCUAGUAAGGUAAAAACCUCCACCUCGCCUUUUAAAGGCCAAAUUGAUCUUAAUAUCCAGCCAGAGCGGGAGGAAGAGCUGUCCCCUUGUUCAGAUUCUGGCGACAUGAUGAAAUUGCUCCAAGAUGCUACUGAGAGAUACCUAAGACAGCAGAAAUUGUCGAGCUCUGGUGGCUGUGAAAAUCCAUCUGGCAACCAUUCACGGCGAGAUGGGGGUGAUGCAGUGGGAGGGAAACCCAACAAUGGCAUAAACCUUGGCAGCACUCAACAUGAUGCCGCCGACGACGGCUGUCCUGCAACUUUGUCCGUGAAAGCAUCAGUAUCAUCAACUGCUGCAGGAUAAAUAUAGCAUUCCGUCGGAUCAACUUGGUUUGUACAUUCAUCCGCAAAUGGUAUAUCACUCAUUAAGGUCUGUACAUAAUGAAGAGGGUAGAAAGGGAGCUUUAUAAUGGUUGAGACACAGUUUUUAGGCGAGCUUUAUAACGGUUGAGAAACAGUUUUUAGGGUAUGUUAUUGUUCUCUUUUACUGUAAUGAAAUUGUAGACCCGAGUCCUAUUUAAGUAGAAAGGCGAUUAGUACACGACCGAAGUGCAUUGCUGGUUGAAGCUAUUAGAAUUAUUUUAGGAAGCUCACCUUGCUGCCUUCAUAGUGUAAUAGAGGAUGUAACAAAUCUCUGUUUUCUCGGCUCAGUGAAGUAGAAAAUUACAUUCAGUUUCACUUGUUGUACCUGAGUUAUCUUCGUACAUCUAUACACGUAAAAUCAUUCUCGUUUAUUGCGAGACUAAUAUAUUCCCUUGGAAUUAGAUGUGUUUAAACUGCGUUUGA